AUGUCAAAGGUGAAGGGUCCAGUACAUGGAGGUUAUUUUUCAGAUCGUCAUCUUCUUGAAGGACUUGUGGAGAUUUUGAGAAAGUCUGUUGUUUCUGUCUCUGAUUCAUACUCCCUACGUGCUCACUCUGGAGGUGAAUGUGAGAUCCGAAGGACAAUGUUGGAAUUACUUAAUCAGUUGGAUGGUUUUGAUUCAAGAGGAGAUGUUAAAGUGAUACUUGCUACAAACAGAAUCGAAAGUGCCGAUCCAGCUUUGCUUCGACCAGGCCGAAUAGAUAGGAAGAUUGAGUUUCCGUUGCCUGAGAUACACACAUCGAGGAUGACAUUAGCAGAUGACGUCAACUUAGAGGAAUUUGUAAUGACCAAAGAUGAAUUCUCUGGGGCUGAUAUAGAGGCCAUAUGUAUUGAAGCUGGGCUGCUUGCUUUGAGAGAACGGCAUAUGAAGGUCACACAUGCCGACUUCAAGAAGGCAAAGGAGGAGAUUAUGUAA